AUGUUAAACGAAGAUCAUCAAAAAGUAUUUAAUGCAUAUGUUUAUGACUUUUUAAAACGUAGUGGAGCAACUGAAGCAGCUCGUGCUUAUUUACAAACAGUAGAUAUUCAAAAUGGUUUUUUAUAUGAAUGGUGGUUGGUAUUUUGGGAAGUUUAUUGCGCGAAUGGAAAUUCAAGUAUGCCAGGUUCGGAAACUGCACAACGAUAUCUUGAACAGAUUCGUAAUAGAAAUAACAAUAAUCGAUUACGAAUGAUUCCAGAUCAAUUACAUCAAAUUCCAAUGGGUUACGCACAAAUGAUGGCAAUUCAAGUUUCGCAAACCCAAGCUACAAUACAAGUUCAUAAUCCUCAACAACUUUCCUCCAGUCAAGCUGCACAGAAUACUAACGUGUCAUCGUCACCCAAUAAACGACAAAGAAUGAUGCCCCCUGAUUCGUCUGGAAAUUAUUUGUCUAAUGUACAAUUCAAUAAUUCUACACCAAGACCACAAAUGACCGUAAAUCCAAAUAUGACACAAAGCAAUCUGAUCUUGACUACCGUACGUUGGUUAAUUCAAAUUAUUCAUGACUUAUCUUCUAAUUCAAACCUGAUCAAUCGAAUUACUAAUACAAUUUAUGUAUCAUCUACUCAAGAUCAAAAACAACUUCAUACCGCUGCCGCCAUGAUUAAUGUGCCAAUUAUGCUAAAUAAUGUGCCUCAUGGAAUGUUGCGUCACCCAAAUCUUUAUAAUAGCGUUUUUCCAGCAAAUAUGAAUAUGUUGGCUCAAAAUAGAGUUGGAAGUAUAAGGCCUACCAACGAUGGACAUAAGAUGUUUUUCAACAACCGAUCUCAAAUGACGCCACAACAAUUAAUGGUGUAUCAACAAUCACUGCAACAACAACAAAUUCAACAACAACUUCAACAGCAACAACUUCAACAUCAUCAACAACAAAUUCAACAGCAACAAAUUCAACAAAUUCAACAACAACAACUUCAACAACAACAACAAGCAGCCCAAGCACAUCAAAAUGCACAUCAAGUUCAAACACCUCAAACACAACAAACACAGGUACAAGCUCAACAAACGCAAAUACAAGCACAACCUGUAGCUAAUAACGUUAAUAAUACUCCUCAACGUGAAUCAACAGAAGAUGGAAAUGAUAAUGAAAAAGGUGCAAAGAACAUUUCAAAGACUCCAACUCAACAACGAGCACAAACAAGCGGACAAUCCGCACUUGAUUUUGACGUGGAUGAGUGCCGCGAUUACGCCAAUAGCCUUGGAGAUGGAGUAGAUCCCUUUGGUUUUCUCCAUGAUGGAUUCGAGCAACAAUCACAAUCGGAUGAUGCGAACUUUAACGAUUAUUUUGAUUUCGGAGGGGAAAAUUAG